CCCUCCUGUUGUGACAUAAUCCAACAUGGCGGCCACCGUUGGCAGACUUCUCCGCACCUCUGUACGGGCUGCAGCUGGAGGGCUGAAAGUUGCAGCUGCUUGUCAACAUGGAGCUGGUGGCGCUGCAAGGGUUCUUUCUGCUGCUGCCCUUCAGAGAUCCAGUUUCUGCACCAGCACCUCCAGAUGGGCCCCUGCCGUCACUCAGCCGGCUCCUGACUUUAAGGCCACAGCUGUCCACAACGGGGAGUUCAAGGACCUGAGUCUGGCUGACUUCAAGGGCAAAUACCUCGUUCUUUUCUUCUACCCGCUGGACUUUACGUUUGUUUGCCCGACGGAGAUCAUUUCGUUCAGCGACAAGGCCAGCGAGUUUCACGACAUCAACUGCGAGGUGGUGGGAGUGUCUGUGGAUUCUCACUUCACCCACCUGGCCUGGAUCAACACACCACGAAAGGCUGGAGGUUUAGGACAUAUCCACAUCCCUCUACUGUCAGACCUCAACAAGCAGAUCUCCAGGGACUACGGGGUGCUUCUGGAGGGUCCGGGCAUCGCACUGAGGGGCUUGUUCAUCAUCGACCCAAACGGCGUGGUGAAACACAUGAGUGUGAACGACCUGCCGGUCGGACGCUGCGUUGAAGAGACCCUGCGUUUGGUGAGGGCGUUCCAGUUCGUCGAGACGCACGGGGAGGUUUGUCCGGCCAGCUGGACCCCGGAGUCUCCAACGAUCAAACCAACCCCUGAAGGAUCGAAGGAGUACUUCGAGAAGGUCAACUGAGUUCACAACAGCCUGAAAGUAGAGACGAUUAAAGCCUCUGAUCUUAGUUUGCAGUUCACUAAUAAAUCCUUUGGACCAGUUUGUGCCGUUUUCUACCUCUUUGAUUUUAAUUUUAAGUCACACUAUGAUGCACCGUCUACAGAUAAUAAACACACUGAAUGACCCCUGUACAUAAACAUGUUUAUUUUCUUUUUACAGCGAGUUAAUAUGCAGGUUCAAAAUGUCUGACAUUGGUACACAACAUGAAGUGCCAAAAUCAACCAGAGUGGGAGAGAACUGGAAAUUAGAAAAAAAAAAAAAAAGGCGUUUGCCACUUCUCAUACAAGUAGGGUACAUACUGUAUUUACAGAAAAAUGAUGGUGGGGGGGCAUCAGAAACACUCUGCAGCACAGUGUGGUGAUGAAAACAUCUAGUUUUAGGUGUACAUAAACUUUACUUUAUACAGUAUGUUUGCAAAAAAACGACGCAUCGCCUUGUUCCUUCAGAUAAAAUGAACGCCAGCUUUACUCCAAAGAUGUGGAGCCUGUUUAAAGCUUAAAAAA